AGCUGGUGCCCUGGUGGCUCAGCCUUGUCCAACUUCCAGCCUCACCUCACCAGGUCCCGGCCCCUCUGCAGUCCCGGCUCCAAUGCCGGCCCACCAUCCCACAGGCAUGCAGGGAGCCCAGGUGCUGCUGCUGCUGCUGCUGGGCCUCAGGAUACAGCUCUCCCUCGGAUUCAUCCCAGCUGAGGAGGAAGACCCAGCCUUCUGGAACCACCAGGCAGCCCAGGCUCUGGACACCGCCAAGAAGCUGCAGCCCAUCCAAACAGCCGCCAAGAACCUCAUUCUCUUCCUGGGGGACGGGAUGGGGGUGCCCACAGUGUCAGCAGCUCGGAUUCUAAAGGCGCAGAAGAAUGGCAAGCUGGGACCUGAGACCCCCCUGGCCAUGGACAAAUUCCCAUUCGUGGCUCUGGCCAAGACAUACAACGUGGACAGACAAGUGCCAGACAGUGCAGGCACGGCCACAGCCUACCUGUGUGGUGUCAAGACCAACUACCGGACCAUUGGUGUGAGUGCAGCAGCCCGGUACAACCAGUGCAACACAACCCAUGGCAAUGAGGUCAUCUCCGUGAUGAACCGGGCCAAGAAAGCAGGGAAGUCAGUGGGGGUGGUGACCUCAACGAGGGUGCAGCAUGCCUCGCCAAGCGGCACCUACGCGCACACGGUGAACCGCGAAUGGUACUCGGAUGCAGACAUGCCUGCCCAGGCGCUGAAGGACGGCUGUCGGGACAUCGCCACGCAGCUCAUCACCAACAUGGACAUUGAUGUGAUCCUGGGUGGAGGCCGCAAGUACAUGUUUCCCAAGGGGACCCCAGACCCUGAGUACCCUGGUGAUGCCUCAAAGAGAGGAGUCAGGUUGGACAUGCGGGACCUGGUCCAGGAGUGGCAGGCCAAGCACGAGGGUGCCCGGUAUGUGUGGAACCGAACAGCGCUCAUUCAGGCGUCCCAGGACCCCUCCGUAUCACACCUCAUGGGCCUCUUUGAGCCAGGGGACAUGAACUAUGAGGCCAACCGAGACACCCAGCAGGACCCAAGCCUGAAGGAGAUGACAGAGGCCGCCUUGCGUCUGCUGCGCAGGAACCCCCGGGGCUUCUACCUGUUCGUGGAGGGCGGCCGCAUUGAUCAAGGUCAUCAUGCGGGAAGAGCUUACUACGCACUGACAGAUGCUGUCGCUUUUGAUGACGCCAUUGACAGGGCCAGCCAGCUCACAAGCGAGAAGGACACCCUGACCCUUGUCACUGCUGACCACUCUCACGUCUUCACUUUUGGUGGCUACACUCUGCGUGGCAGCUCCAUUUUCGGGCUGGCUCCUGAGGCAGCCUCCGAUGGUAAGACCUACACCUCCAUCCUUUAUGGCAAUGGCCCCGGCUUCGCACUCAAUGGGGGCUCCCGUCCCAACGUCAGUGACAGCCAGAGCGGUGACCCCAACUACAGGCAGCAGGCGGCCGUGCCCCUGUCAUCUGAGACUCACGGUGGUGAGGACGUGGCGGUGUUCGCGCGUGGUCCCCAGGCGCACCUGAUGCACGGUGUGCAGGAGCAGAGCGUGGUGGCGCAUGUCAUGGCCUUCGCCGCCUGCCUGGAGCCCUACACUGCCUGCGGCCUGGAGCCCCCCACCAGUACCAGCAUCCCCACCGACGCUGCGCACCCAGGACUGUCCACAGGCCCCUCGCUGGCUUUGGUGAUUGGGGCACUGUGGCUGAUACUGCUGGGCAGAGUGGUGCCCUGACCACCCAACUCCCUUAGGCCCCCAUCCGCUGUCAGCGGAACCCCUGCCCAAAGCCUCCAAACCCAGGACCCACCUCAGGCCUCUGCCUUCUGACCUUUACCUGUUGGCAAUAAAUGAGCCUCAGCUGGUGCAGCACUGCCCCCGCCCCACCCUGCGGGCCUGAUGGUGGGGCGCCCUAGAGGCUGAGGCAGUGGCUUUCCCCGCCACCCCGCCCCAAACUGGGUGGACUGAGACUUGAGCAAUGUCCAGGCGCCCUGAUAACAGUGGCUUCCUGUCACCCUGCAACUGGCCCUGAGAGCACCUUGUUGAUGGAGGAGUCACACAGGGGAAGGGGUCCCAUGGGGGAGGGGGUGCGCUUCGACAGAAUCACUGGGCCUGGGCCUGGUACCAUUACACAGAGGAGUAGAUAGAGACACAGAAAAGCGUCCCAAGCCACUCCCAAUGCCCUUUCAGACUAGGAGACCCAAGAAGCUUUGGGCAGCCCCAGAGCAGCCUUGGCCCCACCCUGAGCCGUGUGGGUACUGGGCAUAGAUUGGUGAUCAGGAGAUGCCCUGCCCUCCAGGGGCCUCUUUCUGGGAUGGACACAGGAAUAAUCAACAAAACUGUUAUACAACAUAUGCCAAUGCUGAUAUGUUCUAGAAAGAAAUAUCAUUAGCACGUGGGGCCACAGAAUGUGUGUGUGAGUCUGGGGAGGGGAAAGGUGACGCAGAUCAGGAGAGCAGGGGGCAGGGAGGGGCUCCCUGAGGAGCAGACAGGUGUGCCCGGACUGGAGGCAGGAGGGCUUGAGCAAUGCUGAAAGAACAGCCUGCACAGAUCCUGAGGCAGCAGUCACGUGCUGCUGGAGGUCAAUAGCUGGAUCAAAGGAGAGAACCCCUGAAGGGAGGGGGGCGCCUGGGGGAGGAGCUCAGAACUGACCCACAGACUCGUAUGUGAUCACAAGGCUUUGAGCACGGGCAUAACAGAUCUGACUCUAGGAAAUAUCGCCCUGGCUCCUGUAGGGAGAAGACUAUAUUCUGUUUUGUUGGAGGGAGUGGGGCAGAAGCAGGAGGUGGGAAACCCCAGGGGAGAUGCGGACACAAACCUGUCUGACCUCCAUCCCAGGGCCAACAUUCUGGGGUACCCACUCCAGUAGAGCUACACUUACGAGUACCUAACCCACCCAAAGGGAACAUUUAAAAGAAUCCCAUAAAGGUGAAAUCAACCGUAUUUUUCAAUGCAUUUGAACAGAAUUACUGAUUUAUUUGUCCAUUGACAAAGGUGCAGAAAACCACUUGGCUCUCACUGGAAAUACUAAGAUGGUAGAGCAUGCGUCCUCAUUUACUAACAUCUUGAUUAACACUAACAUCACCUUGAAGGCCUGGGUCUCAGGGCAGUUUAGUCCAGUCCUGGAUUUCAGUGGCUGUCACAGAAUGGGAGCGCAAUGGAAGAGGGGCAUCAUUAGCUGGGCUCACUGAAGCGCCUCACUCACUGGGAACUCCAUCCACGGGUUGUGCAAAGGGUUGUGUUAGAAUCCAGCUACUAUUUGUCUUCCCUUUGUCAGUCAGUUGAUCUUACUCACCAGUGGGAAGGUGCCACAUGUUUGUUUCAUAAAUGGACUCAAAACCCAAGGUAGGCCUACAUUUUAAAACUCUAAGGUUUCAGAAAUAGAUUAUUCUAGAAUUAGUGUUGAUGGCCACACAACUUCAAACAUUCUAAAGAACAUUGAACUGUGCACUUUAAAAGGGUGAAUUUUAUGGUAUAAAAAUUAUAUCUAAAUUUUACAA